AUGACGAUCAUGACAUCACUUGUCAUCCUCCGCCUGUACCGAACUCGCACUGUCGCAGUGCUCGAUCUCCGGCAAGCUUUGAAAUGGCGAACUUCUUUGCUUUUACUAGUCGUUGGUUUUCCGUCAGCAUUUUCCAUCGUGUACAUCGUGCUGGCGGUCAAGUUACAUGCGAUACAAGGGACAUCCAACAUGCAUUGCGACGCUACAAAUCCCAUAUGGGUUCGUCUGUUCAGCUUCGCCGGAGUCCCGCUUCUGCUCGCCGUACCAUCACUCAUUCUCACAUUAACCUGCGCUAUUAUUCUGAUUUCCUACCGAAAGCAGCGCACUCACAAUCUUUCCCGUGUCUCACGCGUCGAACCCACCUCUGAUAUAUUCACACCUCUCCCCAGUCGCCACGACUUAAGACCGAAACGCAAAUCUUCCCAGAGGGACGAUAGUGGCGACUUCGGUGCUACCAUGGAGAUGAAGACGCUGCCCCCUAUCACUCACAGCCAGCAAGUUUCUGACAUCGAGCGACGAGCUCCCUCAACAACGCCGUCACCGAGCUCGUUUGUCUAUGCUAUAUCUACACCCAAUGGUUCUUGGUCCGCCAGCACGUCUCUCACACCAGCAGGACCUGCUCCUGUCCACUCCCGCAUGGAGCGAUAUCAUCUACCUUUCCCGUGGAAGUCCUCAUCUCGCCUACCGUCGCCGGAGAAUGAGCAGCAGCAACGAGACCAGCCCAGCCCUCUGAGCCCAUCUCCCUCCCCAAUUCUGUUCGCCUCAGCUUCCAACGCAUCCAGUCCGCGGACCAGCCCAAUCAACGUACCCCUGUUCACCAGCUUCGGCGCACGCGCCCCGCCCGCGUCACAUCUGGUCCCUUACGCAGAUGAACGGGCGGCGCUGCAGUACAGCCGACCGACAGCAGAGGAAGAGGACAUCGUCGAAUGCGAUACGCUCGACGAUGCACAGAGCGGGUCGAUGAAGUGGGCGCGCGACUCGUUCGAGUCGAGCCUCACUAAGUCGGAUCUGCGGUUUGCGCGCGAGGCGAGUGAGGAUGGGGCGUUCGACGUGUACACGCGUAGGUCCCCUCCCGAUAAUCUCGUGCGCACGCCGAUCGCUGAUCAACGUCUCGCAUUUCCGCCCCCUUCAUACGAUCGCUGUCUAUCCGCAGACUCGUUCUGGCCGCCUUCGGCUGCAGAUGUGUCCCCAGCGCCCCCGUCGGCGCACGACAGUGCUGCGGUGUGGCGUAUCCUCGUCUUUCAGCUCGUCCUGUCGUUUACGCAGAUACUCGCCACUAUUUCGUCGCUCGUCGAGAUCACAUGGGGAGAAGAUUUGUCGAGUUCUAUCGGCACCCAGCACGUCGCGCUACUCUUGGUUGCAUGGGCACCUGCUAUUGCGUUCGGUGCGCCCCCAUGGACACGGGUGGCACGAUAA